GGGCGCAAAACGGGCGACAAUCCCACGGAUCUCUCAUUUUUCGGUUUCGUUUCGAGAUAGUUUCGUUUUUUCGAGGGGAGGGGACGAAAAGUAAAAAACAAACUGUCGCGUUCGUGGAAAGAUAAAUAAAUCGAAAUAAGUGGGGCCCAGCGUGUUUUGAAAUCGGUUUUUGGCAUCGACAAGCGCCGAACUGCAACUGCAAAUGCUGCACAUUAUCCAGUAAUUAGGCAGAUAAAGAGCGUGUGAUAAGCGCAAAAUAAAUAUAUAAUCACUAUAAUUGCAGUCCAAGCAAGUUUAAACCAUAAAUAUUUAAGUUAGGAGCCAUAAAGUUAAAGAUGGCCUUUAGCAAGGUAGCCUUCUUGGCUCUUUUGGCCCUGAGUUCCCUGUGUGGAUGGGCCAAUGCCACCUACAAAGUGGGCGUGGGCCGGGCGGAUAUCACAGGACCGCCAGUGGAGAUUAAUUUCAUGGGCUAUGCCAACAUCAAGCAGGUGGGUCGUGGCAUCCACACCCGAGUAUUUGCCCGUGCCUUCGUGGUGGAGGACGAGAAGGGCAAUCGAGUGGCCUUCGUGAGUGCGGAUGCGGGAAUGAUGGGUUACGGAUUGAAGAGGGAGGUGAUUAAGCGCCUGCAGGCGCGCUACGGAAACCUCUACCACAAUGACAAUGUGGCCAUCAGUGGCACCCACACCCACGGAGCUCCUGGAGGCUUCCUGAUGCACCUGCUCUACGACAUUUCCAUCCUUGGCUUUGUGCCUCAGACCUUCGAGGUUAUGGCUCAGGGUCUGUAUUUGUGCAUUAAAAGGGCCACUGACAACCUGGUAGAUGGUCGCAUCUUCCUGUCCAAAACCACAGUGCUAAAUGUCAAUAUUAACCGCUCACCCUCUUCCUACUUGAGAAACCCCGCCGAGGAGCGUGCUCAAUACGAACACGACACGGAUAAGACCCUGACACAGUUGAGAUUCGUGGACCUGGAGAACAACCUCCUGGGUGCCUUCAACUGGUAUGCCGUUCAUGCCACCUCAAUGAAUAACACCAACCAACUGGUGACCAGCGAUAAUGUGGGCUAUGCUGCCCUGCUCCUGGAAAAGGAGUACAACCCCAAUAAGAUGCCCGGAAAGGGUAAAUUCGUGGGUGCCUUCUGCUCCUCCAAUCUUGGAGAUGUAUCCCCCAACAUAAUGGGUCCCAAGUGUUCGAUUUCUGGCAACGAAUGUGAUCUGCUGACCUCGCGUUGUCCCUCUGGCGAAGGAGAUUGCUUUGCCUCGGGUCCCGGAAAGGACAUGUUCGAGAGCACCCAGAUUUUGGGUCAACGACUGGCGGAUGCUGCCCUGGGACUGCUCAACGAACAGAGCCAGGAGUCCACGGCUCGGGAGGUCACCGGAGAUGUGAGGUUCAUCCACCAGUUUGUGGACAUGCCCAAUUAUAAUGGCAGCACCUACAACCCGCUGAGCAGGAAGAUCGACAAGGUCAGGGGUUGUCAGCCCGCCAUGGGCUAUAGUUUUGCCGCAGGUACCACCGAUGGACCUGGGGCCUUCAGUUUCGAACAGGGAACCACCACGGAUAACCCCAUGUGGAACUUCGUCCGUGACUUUAUUGCUGCUCCCACACAGGAGGACAUCAAGUGCCACGAGCCCAAGCCCAUUUUGUUGGCCACUGGAAGGGCCACCUUCCCCUAUGAGUGGCAGCCCAAGAUAGUCUCAGAUCAGCUCAUAAAGAUCGGUGAUGUGAUCCUAGCCGCCGUGCCCUGUGAAUUCACCACGAUGGCUGGACGACGUCUUCGUAACCAGAUCCGAGCAGCUGCCUCCGCCGCCGGAGGUCUGGACACCGAGGUGAUAAUCGCCGGACUGUCCAAUAUAUACACCAGUUACACGGUGACUCCGGAGGAGUACCAGGCGCAGCGUUACGAGGCUGCCUCCACGAUCUUUGGGCCCCACACCCACUCCAUAUAUAUGGACGUCUUCGAGCAUUUGACCAAGGCAAUGAUGCGGAAUGAGACCGUGGAUGCGGGUCCAAGUCCGCCCUAUAUGAAUGAUGUGAUGUUGUCCCUGAAUACCGGAGUUCUCUUCGACGGACACCCCAUAAACACGGACUUUGGCUAUGUGAAAACGCAGCCCAACAAGGAGUACGGCAUCAAUGAGACCGUGAAGGUCACCUAUAUAUCCGGAAAUCCAAGGAACAACCUCUUCACCGAGAAGACCUACUUCACCAUAGAGCGAAAGAUCAACGAGGAUCGCUGGAAGGUGGCCUACACGGACGCCAGUUGGGAGACCAGAAUGAUCUGGCACCGCACCAAUACGAUCCUGGGCUUCAGCGAAAUGGAGAUCUACUGGAACAUCAGUCCGCAGACCCUUCCCGGGGAAUAUCGCAUCCGGCAUUCCGGGGAGUACAAGUAUAUCCUGGGCGGAAAGUAUCCCUACGAGGGCCUCACGCACUCCUUUACCGUUAAGGAGGACUAGGAGUAGACAUCCCAAUGGAGUGAUCCUAUAAAUAUUCCUGGCCAGACACUUGUCGGGCCCAUCAAAAACAAAAACCAACACUGAAUCCAUGUAUUUAUUUACCAUUUGUAAGUGACGAGGGAAAAGCUUUAUUUUUGCUAAUGCGAAUAAAAAAGAUGCCAAAUUUUGUUGAAACUAA